GGCCAAGCUAAGCCCAUGUCCACGAAAUAUUCUUUCUUACUUGCUUCUUCGUCCCUUCCGUUUCACCGAUUCCUUUUCUGACAAUCAGAUAAAAUCAGAAGCAUAACAAAGAGAUGACCAUGACUCAUCGACAUGAACAAAUUAAGCAUCAUCAAGAAUGGACAUAAACCAAGAAUCACAAAAAGCGACAAAAGAGAGAGAUUUACCGAGGGAUAUUUGAGAAGACGACGACGAGGAGGACGACGCGGAGGAAGAAGAGGAGGAGGAGGAUGAAGAGGAGACAGCGAGAGGAGAUAACAGAGAAAUCACGAGGCACCAGAAGAUCACAAGCGAAGGAUGGUGAUGAUGAUCGAUUUGGACCUGUUUUUGGUUGUCCUUAAUGCUCUACACUAGGAUUAGGCCACUUAAUCUCUUUGCUGCAGUCAGAAAAUGGAAAUUGUGGGUUCAUGCCAUGUAUAUACAGAGUUUGGGUGAUGUUGAUGAUUCUGAUUCUGAUUUGAUUUGUGUUUUAAUUGAUAAAGACAGUUGCUUGCUCUUCUAUGAAUCUGUCCGUAGUUGUCUUAUUUACUAUGCUACACUAGGGCUAGGCUACUAAAUCUCUACGCGUCUAUAAGUCAUUGAUUGAAGUAUUCCCAAGGACCAUAGAUUCCGGUGCAGUUGUAUUGAUAGCUGCAAGAGCCUCCAAAUUCGAAAACCAAGAUGCCAUUGAUGCUUCCAUUGUAGGGAUGUUGGGUGAUCCAAAAGAGUUUUGAGUUUUGAACUAGAGUGAUAGUGAUCAGCAGGAGGAGGAAGAAGAAGCGAGUGAAGAACAGAAACCAGUAUACAAACGAUUGAUCACUAUCCAUGCUGGGAAACCAAAGGGAUCGGUGAAAGAAGAGAUGAAAGUUGCGGUUGAUAAAGUGAGACGUUUGAGUUUAAGCGAGCAAGAACUUGACAGGACAUGUUCAUCCAACAGCCAAGAUGUUGUAAGGUUUACACAGAGGAAUUUGCUUAGGAUAUACCCGAAAAGGACAAGAAUUAACUCAUCAAACUACAAACCCCUUAUUGGCUGGACUCAUGGAGCACAAAUGAUUGCAUUCAAUAUGCAGGGAUAUGGGAAAUCUCUGUGGAUGAUGCACGGCAUGUUUAGAGCCAAUGGAGGCUGCAGGUAUGUAAAGAAACCUAACUUCUUGAUGAAAAAAGGGUUUCAUGAGGAAGUCUUUGACCCUAGGAAGAAACUUCCUGUGAAAGAAACGUUAAAGGUGAAAGUGUAUAUGGGAGAUGGAUGGCGUCUAGACUUCAGUCACACUCAUUUCGACGCAUAUUCUCCUCCUGAUUUCUACACUAAGAUGUUCAUAGUGGGUGUACCAGCAGAUAAUGCAAAGAGGAAGACAAAAAUUAUUGAAGACAAAUGACAUCCAAUAUGGGAUGAGGAGUUCAGCUUCCCAUUAAUAGUUCCAGAGCUUGCUUUGCUUAGGAUUGAAGUCAGAGAGUAUGAUAUGUCUGAAAAGGAUGAUUUUGGAGGACAAACAUGCUUGCCUGUUUCAGAGCUAAGACCGGGGUGAUCUGUUCCUUUGUAUGAUAAGAAGGGUGAGAAAAUGAAAUCAGUACGGCUUCUUAUGCGUUUCAUCUUUGAAUGAUUUGGUUUAAUAGGAGUGGAUGUGUUUGAGAGAGAGAGUUUGGACCAUUUUGAGAAAACCUUUUGAGGUAUUGUAUAAUAGGAGUGGAUCUUUGCUCUGAUAUCCAAUAGUGUUUAGCAUCUAUCAUAUUAAAAAAUAUAUAUAUAUAAUU